UAUUCUUGUGUGUGUGUGCUGGAGCAAGUAUAUUUUCAUAACAAAUCGAAGUGUGACUGUGGCGAUCGAAUCCAUUCGAAUCGAAUUGACAGUUCUUACUGUUUCUGCGUGAAGAACAGUGCAGUUUUUGUGUUCUGAAUUUCAUAACGAUGCGAAAUAUCUACUUUGAGUCGAAUUCAAACGAGAUUUUGAGUGUUCAUCAACACAUUUUUCUGGAUUGUGCUGUUGUAUUAGUUUUGCAUUUGAUUCGGUUGUGAUUUUUGACUAACAGGACAUUUGCACAACGACAAGAGCACAAUAUUCGAAAUUCAGCAUUGCAUGAUGCAUGGUCAGUUUGGUGUCAGAAUUCGUUGAGAUCAAAUUUGGUGAGCAUGAAAAGAAAGCGAGCCCAGAACGGGCGACCGUGAUGUAUCGAACUGUCGCUGAAUUCGGUUCUUCGGGCCAGCCGGAUAACAUUUCGAAAAAGGUCUACGACAGCAAUCCAUUUGUGUCCUGGGACACAAUAUUCAACAUGGACAAGAUUAAGAAUGUCGGUAAUGGCAAGACAUUUGACUACGCAAUCGUGACGGAUAGUGUGGCUGUUUCGUUGUGUUUCCUGAAGCCAGAAUGCCCCUCACACGAAUAUUCGCACGAGCAAAUCAACGAAAUGUACGAAAAUGGUGUUUUCCGCUUCGCUCUUGGCAUGGACCCUGCUGUGCGAACCUGGAAUGCCACGGUGCGAAAACAUAUCGCAUCCGGUGUGGAAGAAAACAUCACGAUCGACGGUCCGAAAUACCAUUUCCGAGCGAAAUAUGGUAAACGAAAGCGCAAAUCGGAAAAAUGGCUACGAUUGUUCACCGAAUUGGAGCAACACGAUCGAAAUCAAUAUCCAUUCUAUCCAUCGCCCAAGGGAGCCUCAAACUGGAUGAGUUACAUCGAACAUCGUGUGAAAAUGUUGCAGCCUGGAAUGGAGGUUUACACAGCACGCAAAUACAUUCGCCUCAAUCUCGAUAAACAUAUCGAGGAGACCCGUGCAAGUGAUACCAUCGCUGCUUUUUUGACCAGAAAAUUGCCAUCGCUCAUUUUCCUUGGUGCAGCUCAAAUGGCUCCAAAUUCGCCAAUUUGUAUUAAGAAACGAUAGCGGUCCCCUGGUGUACGAAAACUACUGAACAGCUUCAAGAAACUGAACAAUUGUUUGGUGGUAAUGGUUUACGAGUUCAAAACAUCGCAAACGUGUGCAAAGUGCUUUUGGCCAUUUGAUCGACGUACAAGAAAGGACCGCUACAAAGUCUGCCGUCAAUGCAUUCCACAUGCAGCAAAUAUCACGACUGACAAACACCUGAGCAGUGUGAUCAUCAGCAAGAAAAGCAACCGGUCGUAUCAACGAGAGCGACGACAUGUGGUUGCGGAAUAUGAACGAUUGAAUGUACAUCCAGUGUAUUCACAUGGUUUAGUGCCGAAACUCAAUGUAUGGUUCAAAAACUGGCAGCUAAACACUGAUUACACAUGGAACGAUUCACGUCAUCCACAUCAACAGAACACUGUUUGGCAUCGGGAUGAAGUCGCUGCCAAGUGCAUAUUGUACAAAGGUAUGUAUCAUAAAUUGAAAAAAAAAUGUGAAAUAUUCUGGCUAACAAUUGUUGUUUGUGAUUUCGGUUG